AUGAGCGUCCAAAAUCUUCUUAAGACGAGGCAUAAAUGGAAAUCGUUUUCACAGAAGAUUGCAGAGAUUACAGUCAACAUUAACACCGACUUUGAAUUAUCCAAAGAACUCCCAAAGAAAGGUGAAAAUGGCUCAUUCUUUGAUGAUGCGUUAAGAGAAUCAAUGCAAACAAAUUUAGAUCCACAGUAUUCGCGUCUUGUUUCUCAAAUCUUGAAUUAUACCAAUACAUUAGAACUAUUAUUAUUUAAUAAGGAUAAAGUUAUCGGAGCUUUAGAAGAAUUUCUUUCUUUAACAUACGAAGAAGCACGCGCUGGCAUAAAUACAGUUAUGUAUCUAUUACAACAGCUAGCUCGUGACUUAAGAAGUGAAUUUUAUCCGUAUUUUACAAAGAUUUUAGAGCUUCUCAUUAAAAUUUUCGAGCCAACAGAUCCCGAAUUUAUCGACAACUUCUUCAAGUGCAUAGUUUUUAUGAUUAAUUUCCUAAAGCAGCAAAUUGUCAACGAUUUUGAAAAUAUUUUCACUAUUUUCGUAACACAACUAUUCACACACAGAAAAGCAUAUACCAGAAGACUUGCUGCAGAAACAUCAGCCUUCUUAUUACGUCAGACUCCAAAUCAACUCCGACCAACUGCAUUUAACAUUUUAUUAAGCAAAUGCCAGAAAUUCUACGAGACAAUCAAAGACAUACCACAAACAGAAGAAGAAAUUUCCCACGGAAUCCCUACAACUCGUGAAAUGUUAGUUGAAUCAAUCGCAAUUACGAUUUCUCAUUCUGCCAAGAACAAAGGCGGUACAUUGAGGUCAUAUGCUGUCCAAAUAGUUGAUUGGUGUUUUGCCGAGCAGCAUGAAAUCGUCAACGAUGCUUUCCUUCUUGCCAACAAAAAACUUGCAAAACAUUUUACAAAAGGUAACGAUAUUAUCCCCAUUUUAACUGAGAAACUCCCCCUAAUUAACCCUACACUUGCAUUAGAGACACUUUCCAUAUGGACUAUGGAGAAAGAAGGUACAUUAAUCGAAGACAAAAACAAAGCAAUUGAUGUAUUAAAUACAUGUCUUGAAGUUGCAUCGAAUGAUUCCAUUGUUGACUACUUGAAAUCAUUAGAAUUCAUUCCUAUUCCUGAAGAAAAACAUUCAUUAAUAGGAAGAGCAAUUAUCAAACUCAUAAUUAACAACCAUCAAAUUGAUCAACUCGAUGGAUGUGUUAAAAUAUCAUAUGCAGCAAGACAAAGUGUUUUAGAAUUUUACGCGAAAACUCCUGAAUAUUUGUUAUCUAUUUUACAUUACAUACAAUGGUUGUGUCCUUCUCAAACUGAUGUUCCUAAAGAAUUGUAUGAAAUGAUAAGAGAACAAAUAAAAGAAAACAGAAACAUAUUUAUCCCUGUUUUGGAGUAUAUCUACAACAGAGAUAUUUAUAAUGAUCUCUUGAAUUUACCUAAUAAAUCUUUGGAAGAAAAAGAAGUUUUAUAUACUUUAAUGGGUCAUUUUGAUUCAGAAAAAUUGGCCGAAGAACCACCAAAACUUCUCAAAGAAUUACAAGGAAGAAUCAUGGAAGAAAAAGCAAUUUCCAUUUUCUCCAAACUAAUAACUGUUUCUAAAGAAGUCAAUGCAUCAUGGUUCACAAGAGAUUCACCUGUUUUCAAGCAGUUCUUGAAGGAAAUUGACUUCAAUACUCCUAAUAAUGAAAUAAUUAGAAUGGCAUCAACUAUUUUAGUUGAUUUCGUUGGACAAGAAGAACCUCUUGAAUUAUUAGAAGAUGAGUUUUUACUUGUAAGAUGCGGUGAUUUAGUUUUCAACGCAAAACAUGAUUUAACAAGUUAUAGAGUUGGUGAAGCAGCAAUUGCUAGAUUAACAACAGAUAUUGUUAAAAUAAGAAACACAAAUUUGUUGAUGAAUUACGCAUUGGGAUUCGCAAGACAAAAUUACGUGAAUUUCAAAACUCAUGCUUCAACUUUAAUUGGCGCUAUAAUUAAAUUGAAACCAACUGUUUAUGGAACAAUGAUUUCUAAUGAGAUAGAAAAGCAGUUUUCCCUUGCUGACUCUCCUUCAUUCACUCAAGCUUUGAUACAAGGUUUGAUUUCAGCUGAAUACAUUGAUGAAACAAUGGUUAAUUUGUUAAUCAAAUAUUCAGAAGUGAGAAUGGAUGAUACAAAUGAAGAAGAAGACCAAAACGAGAAUGAAGAAGAAGAAGCUGAAAAGAAGAGAGAAGAUGUUGGUGCAAAAAUCAUUUCUCAAUUGAUUUCUUCACUUUCUUCUGUAAAGUUCUCCGAUAAAUUUGCAGAAAAAGUUGAUACAGCAACAUUUAAACUUCUCAGAUCAACAAAACUUGAAGUUAGAAAGGCAGCUUUAGGCGUCCAAUACGCUUACCACGUUACAAACAACAAAUCCAUCAAUGACCAGAUCGGAAAGACAAUCCAGGAGAUCCUCGAGAGCUAUGCAGAUCCAAAGAACAAAGUUGAUACAUUGAUGAGAUUACAAGGUUUCGUUGAAACACUCGAAUUCGAAAAAGAAUUCGUUAUUACAGCAGCUGUAAAUUUGACAAUCGGUUGUUAUUUCGAAUAUUUGACAGAAAAAGUGAGACAAAAACACAAAUAUCAUCAACUUGCUGCAUCUAUGUUACAAUCAUUGUCUUUUCUUUCUCCAAUUUACACAAAACCUUUGAUAGAAGCAACAUUUCCUCAAGAAAAAUCUCAGGCAACAUUAAGAAAAGCACCAGUUUACAUUUCGCCGGUUUUGUCACGUUUGCCAAAUCAAAUUUAUCCAUUUGCUAAGAGGAUUGCGAACACAUUAAAGGACUGCAUGAACGCAUGUUCCAAGGCAUCAACAAAUAUCAUCAAAUCAUGUGUCAAAGCAGUAACUUUGUUCAUAGAAACUGAAGUUAAACAACAAUACUUCAAUUCAGAAUUUGAGUGGCAAACCGCCAACGAUGAAUUAUCCCAAGUACAAAAUGACUUUGUCCAGAACAUCCUUAAAUCAUUUGAAGUUGCCGCUGUCCACAAUUUCGAACCAUUAGUCAGAGCAAUGACAGCUGCAAAAUCAAGAUUCGCAAAGAAUUUUGCUGAAUUCCCAGAACUCGUCAAAAUCAUCAUUUCCAAACUCCCUGACAAUAAAUCGCAAUCGAAUGCAGAAGUUGGCUCAAUACUAGCUGAGAUUACUCCUUAUAUUUCUCAUGAGUUAAGAGUUUUAUUGAUUGAAUCCGCUGAUAAAUCAAUUGAUGAAGAAAAACUUCUUAACAGACCAACAUUUAUUUUAGCGAUGCUUGAUUUAUUGUCACAGUUAAGAGAGACUGAACCAGACUAUAACAAUCUCCAUGAGUUGUUAAUCAAGUUCAUUAUAACAACAAGAGAACCACAAUCAAUACAAAUCUUGUCAGGAAUCAAAUGGUCACAAGAAGAAUUCAAGAAACUUUGUGUCUUAAUUGGUCGACCAUUGGAACAAGAUUUCAGACAAGAAUUUGUACCUUUAAUUGCAGAAUCUCUUGGCAAAUACAAAGAUUCAUUCAUGAACAUUAACAACGAAGACAUCGCUGUCAAAACAAUCGCGUAUCGUGAUCUCCAAAGUGUUGGCGAAUUCAACUAUGUUUUUGCAAUGCAAGCGUUCGCUGACAUGCAGAUUUCUGAGUUCGCUUUGCAGAAUGCAGCAUCAGGAUUUCUCUGCAGAGUUAUCAAUGAGUGUCCGGAUUUGAUUGAAGAAUUCAUCUUGCCUUCAAUCAGAUUCCAUGUCAAUAAGAGAAACGCGAGAAUUCCUGUUUCAGAAGUCAUUAUUUUGUUCAAUUCCAUUACGACACAAAAACCUGACAUUCUCCCAACAAUUACAAAACUUUGCCAGCUAGACUCAUUCAAAUCCAUUGGUUCUGUCGAUGAAGGUGUCAGAUUUGACGGAUUUCUUAAAUUUGGAGAUGACAUUGAAUCAUUGAAAGACACCCUAAACAAAGAAGAACUUUCUAUUUAUAUAUUACCAUUGUUAAGUCAAAUGACAGGAGCCACAGGAUUGGCAAAUGCUUUGAGUCCUGUUUGUAGAUUAAGUUCCCAAUUUGCAAUUGACAAAUUAUUGCAAAGAUUGACAUCAAAAGUCGAGAGAAAUGCUUCAAUACAAUUGUUAGUUGAUCUCUGCAAACGAAAGGCUUUCACAGCUGAUCAAGUAACAAACACAUUAUUGAAGUUAAUAGAAGAUAAAAAGACACCAAAUAAGGCACAAUUGCAAUUAAUGACAGCGCUUUUAUCAAUCAAUACAAAGCCAUUUAUUAUCCACAGAUUGAUAAAUUAUGUCACAAACAAAGCACUUAACAAGAAACAAGAGAUCAGACAGAUCGGACAAGACGCAAUUACGGCAUUAACAGGUGCUGUUCCUAAAGAGAUGUUUUUCGAUUUCUUCCAAUCAUUGAGAAAUCAAAUGUCUCAAGGUUACGGAAUUCCUUUACUUUAUGUAUCUCUUUCCAAUGUUAUCGAGCAUUCUAAGAUUGUUGGAUGCUUCGAUCCAUUUGUCAAGGUUUUAGUUGGUUGUUUAUUAGAAGAUAUCUUCGGAAACAACGCACAACUCCGUGUACAAAUGGCUGAUAGAGUUCCUGAAGCUAAAAAGUGUCAUUCCUUUAACAGCUUCGAAAAACUCGCCAGUAAAAUUGUUUUCAAUGAAACAAUAAGAGAUAUCAUUGAUUGUUUGAAGGAACGUUUCGAAUCAUUACAAUCAAGAGAACAAGAAAGAGGCGCAAAGAGAUUAAUCAACUCUUUUUGCACUGGUCUUUUAGAAAACGAAACAAUUUGUGCUGAUCACAUUGUUUUAGUUGCAAAAGAAAUGUUGACUAAAUCACAAAUCCAGAAGCCCCAGAAAUCAUCGAAGAAAGAAGAGAAGAAGAUUUCUUAUGGUCAUAUGUUUGAACAAGAUUUGUUAUUAGAAAAACCAGUGAGAUCUUCAUUUGAAGCACAAAAUCCGAAUACUUAUUCAUUCGGAAGCAAUUUCUUGAUCUCUUAUUUCGCGAUGAAGAUGUUAGUUGUUUUCUUCGACAACAAUUUGUUCAUUCCUGAUCAAGAAGACAUGAAAGAAAACAAAGAAUCAAGUGAUGCACAAAUUAAGAUGUUGGAUGAUUUGUUAAAUGAUAUUUGGCAUUUUACAACAUCAACAAAUGAUAAUGAUUCAAUGAUUGUAUCAAUGACAAUCUUAGAACAUUAUGCACAUCAUGAUAUCUUCCCAACAUUCAACAAGAAACUCCCAGAUAUCUUCGAUUUCAUUGCAGAUCAAUUGCAACAAAUGCAUACUGCAACUGAUGAUUUCGGAAAGAAGAUUUUCGCACUUUUGACAACAAUUUUGGUCAAUUUCCCGAAUAUCGAGUUACCAACGAAGUUCACACGUGCAUUAGUACAAUUCUCAUCAGAUAAACUUGAUGACCACGACAGUUGUGAACAGAUAUUUGGCGUCUUGAUUUUAGUUGUCAAAAGAAGAAAUGAUAUUCCUGAAAUUUAUGAUGUUGCUGACAGAGCGUUUGAGUUAAUUGUUAGAGCAAUAUCACAAGAUGUCAGAAGACUUUCUGCUGAUUUCUGUUCGAUCUAUUUGACAACAUACAAGAUGAAACAAAUUUCCUUUGAAAAUCACAUCAAAUUUGUUUUGUCAAAUUUGCAAUCGAAUAAAUCCGCAGCCAGAAGAUCAUUGAUCUACUUCAUCCGCAAGUUUAUAGAGAUUGCAAAAGAAGAGCAACUCGAGAAAUACCAUGAAUUAAUCUUCCUUUAUUUAGGUGUUACAAUUGCCAAUGAAACAGAUGAUGGAAUUGCAAAGGAAAUUGGUGAAGCAAUAAGUGAUUUAUUGCAAUCUAACAACUCAAACAAAUUACAGACUGAUUUCGAACUGAUGACAAAAUGGGCAUCAUCAGAUGGAAAGCAGACAAGAACAGGUUUGUUGUUGUUAGCUGUUGCUGUUCCUUUGACAAAUGUUGAAUCAGCUUUGGAUGAUUUACAACAAUUAGUUGAUGCACGAGUUAAUGCUGAAAACAUCAAAAUUAAACUCGCCGCAGUUCAACUUCACAAAGCAAUUGUUUCAACAUUUGCUGAUAAUGAAGAAGUAUCAGUUAAAUUGUUCAAUAUCUCGCAAUUGUUGAAUUUGUUGUCAAUAAGAGAAACAACAAGAAUUGGAUGCAAAUUAUGUCAUUGGUAUCUUUCUGAUUACCAACAUAUUUUCAGUCCUUCCGAUGAAGAUUUGAUCAAAUUAGCUCGUGAACUCUUAAGAAUUACUUUCGAUUGGUCAGGUGUUAUCCAAGAAUCUGGUUUAGCAUUAUCAUCAAUCAUUUCAAGAGUUGAUGAAAAUAAUUUGGUCCAAUUCAUUCCUGACAUGGAAAAGUACACAAAUGAAAAUGAUCCAAGCCAAGGAGCUGUUAUAUUAAUGAUGAGAGCAAUAGCAGCAAGUGUUGACCAAAUGGAGUCUUCAGAAGAUGAAAAGAAGACACCGAAACAAUAUCUUAAUUUCGCUUUGAAAUUCAUUGGAAAAAUGAAAGUUUCAAAGAACAAAGAUAUCAAACAAGCUGCAACUGGAGCUCUUUCUUUCUUGAGAGGAAAGAUUCAGUCAGAAGUAUUCGCACAGGAAUGGGCUGCAAUUGUCGAAGAAGAAGACAAACUCAAGAAGGAAAGAAUUGAACAAUCAGCAGCUGAUAAGUUGUUGGAUCCAGAAGGAUUAAAGAAGAGAAGAAAAGAGGCAAAACAGUUGAAGAAGAUCGAGGAAAGAAAGAAGAAGUAUUUGGAAAGCGAUAUGUUCGAUGGAACAUUGCAUCCAUUUGGACCAGAUGGAAAGAGAGUCGAAUCAAUUCCUCUUCCACCUGAAUUUCAAUCAAAGAAAUAA